CUCUGGCUUUGGUCAUCCGAUUUUGAUUAGCCUACAUUUGGAUGUUUUUCAGAUAAUUGUACUUGGAGUUCAUUGAACUUUUUGAUUGUGUGAUUUAGUAUUUCUCUUUAAAAUGAAAUUUGAGAGCAAGAAUAUGGAGUUGGGGAUAUCCCACUCAUCUCCUUCCAAAGAAACAAGCAUUUGGCAGCCUUUCACAGAAAAAAAGUACAGUUGUGAGUGCGCUGGAAUUCAGGUCAGAGGUAGGUAACCUUAGAAGAGCCCAAGAACGAAGAGGGCUGCUUUAAAUACUUAUUAUAUUGAGUAAUGACAGAAGAAAGCCACUGUACUAGAAAGGGCGUAGCCCAGACUUGCUGUAAGAGGGUGAUUUAUGCACCAGACCAUAGGCUGACGCUGAUGACCAAGGACACCUGGGGCUGAGCUGUAUACCCAGGGAAGCAGGUAAGUGUCAGGGAAGGGUGCGUGUGAGAACACCAAGCUGGCUGUGCCCACAGGGAGGGGACUUUCUAAUACAUUGUUAGGAACAUCGCAGAGUGAGGUUGUACCUUUAUUUCUUUUGCAAUUACUUAUUGAGUGUGCACGGUACUGUAGGGGCUGGGAGGGGAUAAAAGAGCUGAAUGGCUUUCUCUAGAAUGGUGGCCUGUCUCCCCGGUAGUAACUUGCUGACCCUGCCCCUGAAGUGAAAAAGAGUGUGAAGGGCUACUUGCUCAAGCUUGUUCUCUUUUCUUACCUCUUCCCCCUCUGUGGUUUCCUCUGCAGCUGAACAGGCCCCAGGCAGCCUGCCAUGAGAUCGUGCUCCAAGGACCGGUCGUUCUGCUGGACCCACGGGCUCCUGGUAUUCAUCAGCCUGCUCCUCAGUGUCUGCAGCUCUGCAGCCAACACUUCUGGAGCACAUGGCUCUGCAGUGAAGGAUUCUGGGAACCACAUUCAUCUGAAGUGCAUCCGAGGAGGUUUUGUCUUGUUUAAUGUGACCGAGAAGCACAGGGCAGAUGCAGGAGCCGAAGUGCAGGAGGUUGCAUGGGGUUUGGGCACUCCGUUAAAUCACACACAGGUGCUGCAAGUCCGUAGGGGAGCCGACUCUCCCAUCUGGUUGAGCCUCCAGGACAAGUUCAAGCAGAGGGUCCAUGUGCCCAGCAUGUGGUCUCUGAGGAUUGAGAACCUGGCCCCUGAAGACAGUGGGCAGUACGUGGCCAUGAUCCGCUUAACUCAGGGAAAAAUGCUUGGCCAGGUUUUCUACCUGACUGUCUAUGAUCCUGUGCCUCACCCUGAGAUCCUGGCCAAGUCACUGUCUAUCAUACCAGGCCUGUGUAACAUCACUCUGGAAUGCAGGGCUCCAGGGGCCACCCAGGACCUGAAUGUGACUUGGGAGAGCAAGGGCCUCUUCAGAGAGCUGGAGCAGAGAGACACAUCAGGACCAACCGCCAAGCUUUGGACCCUGGCUGUGAGCCUGCCCCUGAACCAGCGGAUCGGCAAUCUCACCUGUGUGGUCAGCAACCAGGUGGAUCAGAAAGCUGCAACCUUAGACCUUGGGAAAGUCUGUGCCCAAGGAACAGGUACACAGAAACAGUACAUGGUUAUACUGCUGCCAGGCAUCCUAGCAGCUGCUGUGGGUGUCCUGUUGGUCCUGGGAACUGGGUUGUUGCUUUUGAAGACAUGUCAGAAGAAGAAGAAGACAACGAUGGAAAUAAAAAAUGGUGGAGGAUUGCAGAAGAACCAUGGGGUUGAUGAUGGUGGCAUCCCCUUUGAGACGCUCAGCCAGCAAGUGUCUCAGAAGGGCAAGGACAAGAGCAUCGGUGAACAAUAUCUUGGAAAAAAGGAAUCUCUCACUACUAUCUACAGUGAGGUCUGUUAUCCAGACCAGACCAUGGAGAUCAUUUGAUUGGAGGAAGCAGGAGGAUCUGGCACUCCCAGGACACCUGCAUUCUGAGCCUAAGUCCUGCAGACCCCUGCCUUUCCCAGCUCUGGUUCAGUUCCAGCUUCCCCUUGUGUGUGUUACUCUGACCUCAUAGCUACAUUUCUAGAGGGUACACAUGGCCUGGUUGUACUCUGUGACACUUCCCAAGCUGCCCUUACACUCGGGCAAGGACUAUUCUCCAUCAUUGAGAUGGCUCCUGACCCCUGUUCUUCAUAAGCCUUCCCAAGAGGAGCCUGUCUGAUUGAGCAGGUGUCAAGUCCCCACCACCUCUGCCGUCACUGGUGUGUGUACUUCUGACGACACAAGCCCAGACACAGGGACUGUGCAGAGGUGCUGACUGUGCUGCAGAGGAGGGUGGUGGGACCUGGCUUCUGGAUGCUGAGUUGGAGGACAGCGUGGAUGGAUAGAAACCAAUAAAGGAAAAGGCCAA